AUGGCGAAGAGUUUAGCCAUAGCAUCCCUCCAAAUUCUCAGCCUGUUUUUGCUAGCAAGCUUGGCACAGUCAAGGACGUCGGUCACACAUUUGACGGUGUACGAACAUGAAGUUCGAAGCGGAGCUGGUCAGUCUGCUUUCCUAGUUGCAGGUCUCCGCAACGUAACUUGGUCCUUUAGCCAAUUUGGAAGUGUUUACGUCGCUGAUAAUAUCUUGACACGAAGCGCUUCAAUCAAAUCCCAACUAGUUGGUCGUUUACAAGGCAUUGGUGGAGUAGUAUCCCUUGAUGGCACCACCAUACAGGUUCUCGCAAGUAUUCACUUCACCACCGGAGAGUACAGUGGUAGCACUGUGGAAUUAAAGGGAAUUUCGUCUGCCGACGUCAAUCAAACGGCAAUUGUAGGAGGAACCAAUCGAUUUGUGUAUGCAACAGGGUAUACUACCGUCCAGCCGGUGACCGUAGCAGCAGAUCUGGUUGUUGCAAGGUGGGACCUCUACAUUAGACAGGAUAUACCGGAAGACUUCCCUGAUACUGCUGCUCUUUAA